AUCUGGUACCACUCUACUCUUAAGAAGAUCUGGUCCCACUAAUUGAAGCUUGCUAUAAUUUAAUUGGCAAUUUUCGCAUUAAGUUGAACCGAUUUGCAAUGAAUUCACCCAGAAACAAGUCGAAGCGCUUUAAGCCCAUGGAAUUUGCGAUCAAAACUAAAGUCAUGAAAACGGCAUCGAAGAUCCGGGAAACUCUAUUUGAUCCGCCUGAUUGCCAUGUCCUGCUGAACAAAGCAGCGUGUCAAAGUGAGGAAAAGUCCUUGCCCAUCGUGAUUCCAAGGGUGCCAAGGCAAAAGGAUGUGCUGAGCAUCUACGAGAAUGUGGCCAAACUGGCAGACAUAGAGCGCUACCUGAACAUUUUGUACAAACCCUUCUACUGCUUGGGCAUCACCACGUGCCAGUUCAGUCUCUCGGAACUGGACCUGGUUUUGGAGAACACCACCUUCGAGCCCGAGAAGCAAAUGGCUGUGCUCGUGCAGCGCUAUUCGCCGAUCUGCAGCCUGAAGAUCUAUCCCCAUGGCAACAUCUACUGCCAGGCCUUUGGCAGCAGCAGUGCCCGCGAGGGAAUGUCCAAUAUCAUGCGAGAGCUGAGGUAUCUGGGCUACAGGCUGCGUUUGCGACGGCUGAAGGUCAAUGCGGUGAAUGCCACCUUCAGUGUGCCCUUCCAUCUGAGUCUGCGGCAGUUCCACCAGCAGAAUCCGGUACUCACGCGAUACGACACCUCGAUGCACCCAUUUCUGAUGUACAAGAUGAUGGGCACCACCGUCGAGAUGGCCAUCUUUCCCACGGGCUACGUCAUCGUGCUGUUUGCCACCACCAGAGGCAUCACCCAGUUGGCCAUUGCCCACAUACUGCCCAUACUGUAUCGCCUGAAGGAUCCGCAGCAGGAUCAGCGCAAACUGAGCCUGAGCAGCGGCGAUGUCGACUACAAGCUGCUGUGGGAGAAUCACUUCCAGAAGAAGGGCGACAUGACCAACGAUUGGUGAAAUCCACAU